GAUGAAGCGAGUGGCAGAAAACCCAUGUCCAAACGUCAGAAGAGACUCCGGGAAAAAAUCCCCAUCUCCGUUUUGAAGGCGUCUGCCACAAGGCCCCAGGCCGUCGAGUGGCACGAUGCUGAUGCACCCGAUCCGUACAUGGCCGUGUAUAUGAAAACGGCGUUGAACCAUGUGGCCGUGCCUCUGCACUGGCAGCAGAAAAAAGACUACUUGUCUUCGAAGAGAGGAAUGGAGAGACCACCGUUUGAGCUCCCGAAGUUCAUCGAAAACACGGGUAUAGCGGAGAUGCGCAACCACGACCCAGAGUCGUUGAAGAAACUGCAGCGUGAUCGCGUGCAGCCGAAAAUGGGUCGGCUCGACAUCGACUACCAGAAACUCCACGACGCGUUUUUCAAGCACCAGACACGGCCACGCAUGUUAGCAUAUGGAGAACUUUACAGCGAGGGCCGAGAAAAGGCGGACCAGUAUAAUCAUGACGUGGCACGCAUGCGCCCGGGAAAAAUCUCCCUGCUGCUCCGCUUGGCGGUGGGGAUGCUGGAGAGUGAGACGGCAGUGCCCCCGUGGAUUACCGUCAUGCAUGAGUUGGGCAAACCUCCGUCGUACCUGAACUUGCUUAUUCCAGGGCUUGAU